CUCGUGCUUUGGACAUCAUCUAUGGCACCUCCUGGACUCACACUUGUUGCGGCGUGAACGCUGAAUCCACGGACCUGGCCUGCAGAAAUCCACUCUUUUAUUCGCAUUUGAAUGCCUUUGCAAGGAGUUUGCUGGUUCUUGUGCUGCAGGCAGGGCUUCAGUUUGCUGGGACGGGACUAUGGGGAGAAAGAGGAGGAAGAAUCGUUUGAAUUGCGCAACAAGGACUUGACUCCCAAUGGACGGAGUCCAGCUGAGGUGAUUGCUUCUCAGCCAACAGCCAAUGGAACUAAUGGGCACACUGUCUCACAGUCACCUGUCAAGAUGAAAAAGCUGAUCAAUGAAGAGAAUGAGAUGGGAAUAGAGGAAGAACCUGAACUUUUAGUGAAAGGCUGGCUGCUGCGGGAGGUGCGAGGAGGCUGGCUAAGGCACCGACGGUACUGGUUUGUGCUGAGCCAGGAUUCUCUUGACUACUACAGCGGACCAGAGAGAGGAGCUCGCAGACUGGGAACACUGGUUCUCACCAGCCUUUGCUCUGUCAUUUGGCCAGACAAGCAGACAUUCAAGGAGACAGGUUACUGGAGCAUCACGGUUUAUGGGCGGAAACACUGCUACAGGCUGUACACCAAGCACUUCAACGAAGCCGUGCACUGGGCUUGCGCCGUCCAGAAAAUCAUCGAUACCAAAUCCCCCGUGGAAACGCCAACGCAGCUAUUGAUUCGCGACAUCGAGGAGAAUAAGUUUAAUCCUGAAGUAGUGGAACAUAUUUACCAGCACAACCCUAUCCUCAAGUACACCCAGAGCCCCCUGUAUGCUCCUCUGCUGCCUUUCCCUUAUGGCAGUCUGGAGCACACAUACCACAAUGGGAAAGGCUACGAUUCGGUGCGCGAAGAGGCCGUGAAGCUCUUUAACUGCUUGCAGCAGCUGGAGUCGGCGCUGGAGCCAGUUCCCAUCAUCCAGGGCGUGCUGCAGACCUGCCUGGACCUGCGGUCCCUACGCGACGAGGUCUACUGUCAGCUGGUGAAGCAGACCAGCUACACACCUUCCCCGUACACUGCUGCACAUCUUCGUUACUGGCAGCUUCUCACCUGUAUGAGCUGCUCCUUUCUGCCAGGGCCAAAUGUGCUCAAAUACCUGCGAUUCCACCUCAAAAGAAUCCAGAGCCAAAGUCCCGAGUCUGAAAUGGAUAACUACGCAUCGUUCAUCAGCGAGGCUUUGGAGAAGACAAAAUGUCGGGAGCGUGUGCCGUCCUGGGAGGAGAUCCAGAUGCUGAUGAAUCGACAAGAGAUGCUGUGCAGGGUUCACUACCCAGGCUCCGGAUCCUGCCAGCUCUACAUCAACUCACACACCACUGCCAAUGAGGUGGUCCGAAGGAUGCAGGAGAAGCUGGGCCUUCGGGACAGCAGAAACACGUUUGCACUGUAUGAACAGAAUGUACUGUGGGAGCAGCCGGUCCCAGGGAGCGCUCUGAUCGCAGACAUCCUCACCAGCUUCACCACCAAAGAGUCGGAGUCUAAAUCCCAGUGGAAACUGUGUUUCAAGCUCUACUGCCUGUUGGACGCUGACGGCAUCUCAGUGGACAGCAUCGAGUAUUUAUUCCUCUUUGAGCAGUGCCAUGAGAUGGUGGUGCGUGGUCAGCUGCCGGCCUGCGAGGAGGACCUGCAGGCUCUAGCUGCCCUGAGGCUUCAGGCACUGAUGGGCGACUUCAGCACUCUGUCACCCUGUCCACCUCUGGACGAGCUGUUCCCUGGUCACAUGCUUGAAACCCGAGUUCUUUUGUCUCUUCCGGCCCCGCAGGCCGUGCCACCUUGUCAGGUGGCGGCUCAGGGCUGUCCCGCGACGCAGCGCUUCCCCACCGGCCUCCUGUCUGGGACCCUGUGGAGUCACACGGCUGCAGCAGUACACAAACAGAAGGUGGAGCACGACAAGCGACUACGAAGUCGGCUGAAGGAGGAAUCGGCAGCUGUCAUGGCAUCCAUCUUGGAGCGGUGGAGAGAUCUAGCUGGUUAUAGCCGCAUGGACAGUAUGGCUGCCUACCUCACAAUUGUACGCCAGUGGUCGGGCUUUGGAUGCACUCUUUACGAAGUGGACUUUUACAUUGUGAGUUUUGUGUUCUCAUGCUUUAGUAUUGGUCUCUUGGCCUUCUCUAGCAUUUGA